UUUAUUUAUAAAAAACAGUUGAAAUUAUCACACCUUAUUUUUAAACUCAAUUGCCCUAUUACCCAAUUGUCCUAUCCCGAGGCAUUUGAUUAAUAACCCUUGUUUUGAUUCCCAUUUGCAGAGCGUAGAUCAGUUUCCCAACGGAGAACAUAUUAACCAGAUCAUGGUGCUGGCUUCAGGGAACAGCUCUUCUCAUCCCGCAUUCUUCAUCCUGCUUGGAAUCCCAGGCUUGGAGUGUUUCCAGUUCUGGAUUGCCUUUCCGUUCUGUGCCAUGUAUGCUGUGGCCAUUGUUGGAAAUAUAACUCUCCUCCAUGUAAUCCGAAUUGACCACACCCUGCAUGAGCCCAUGUACCUCUUUCUGGCCAUGCUGACCAUCACUGACCUGGUCCUCUCCUCCUCCACCCAACCUAAGAUGUUGGCCAUAUUCUGGUUUCAUGCUCAUGAGAUUGAAUACCAUGCCUGCCUCAUCCAGGUGUUCUUCAUCCAUGCCUUUUCUUCUGUGGAGUCUGGGGUGCUCAUGGCUAUGGCCCUGGACCGCUAUGUGGCUAUCUGCUUCCCAUUCCGACACUCUAGCAUCCUGACCCCAUCAGUUGUGAUCAGACUGGGGGCUGUUGUGUUGCUGAGAGGGCUGCUGUGGGUGAGCCCCUUCUGCCUCAUGGUGUCUAGGAUGCCCUUCUGCCAACACCAAGUCAUUCCCCAGUUGUACUGUGAGCACAUGGCUAUGCUGAAGUUGUUGUGUGCUGAUACAAGCAUAAAUCGUGGGUUUGGGCUCUUUGUGGCCUUCUCUGUGGUUGGUUUUGAUAUGAUUGUCAUCAGUAUAUCGUACAUAAUGAUUUUGAGAGCUGUGCUUCAGUUGCCCUCAGGUGAAGCCAGCCUCAAAGCUUUUGGCACAUGUGCCUCCCAUAUCUGUAUCAUCUUGGCUUUUUAUAUCCUGGCCCUUUUUUCUUUCCUCACUCACCGCUUUGGUCAUCAUGUGCCCCGAGUGGUAAGCAUUCUGUUUUCUAAUUUCUAUCUACUGGUACCUCCCAUGCUCAACCCCAUCGUCUAUGGAGUUAGAACAAAACAAAUAAGAAACAGGUUUAUCCAAGGAUGUUUUGGAAAAGUACUUUGAGCAUGACCACCACUUAAAUUGCCCCACUGAUCAGGGGACAUAAAUGAAUAUUUUUCAGGCCAUUACAUAUCAUAACUAAGUCAGCUCUGUAACAAUUGGCCAAGAGGCAGAUAAACCUUCAGAAACAAAAGGAACAAUUUUCAGGAUAUCCAGUCUAAGUGAUCUCUGAGAGAUGCCAUAACAACUUAGUUGACCUAAGUUCA